AUGACUCAAGAAGAAAAUGCUCAGUCCUCCUUGCUUGAUUCACUUUACUGUGAAGAAGAAAAAUGGGGAGAAUUUGAAGAAGGGAGUGAAAAAAUCAACUUUAAUGGUGGAAAUCUGUCCCAUUUUCCUCAUCUGUUAACGGAACAAGAUUUGUUCUGGGAAGAUGAAGAACUUAACUCUCUUUUCUGCAAAGAAAAUGACGCAUUUGUCGAUGGAACGCGCUCUUCUCUUCCUCUGCAAGCACGGACAAAUGUAGUGGAAUGGAUCUUGAAAGUCAAAAAUUUUUAUGGGUUUUCAUCGUUAACUGCCAUGCUUGCAGUAAAUUAUCUCGACAGGUUUCUUUACAGCAUCCAUUUUCAGAAAGAGAAGCCAUGGAUGAUCCAACUUGCAGCUGUAACUUGCCUAUCUUUGGCUGCAAAAGUUGAAGAAACUCACGUUCCUCUCCUCUUAGAUCUUCAAAUUGAGGAUACAAAGUACAUUUUCGAUGCGAAAACCAUUCAAAGAAUGGAGCUUUUGGUGUUAUCAGCACUUAAUUGGAAAAUGAAUUCAGCGACUCCAAUUUCAUUUCUUGACUACAUUAUAAGAAGGUUAGGAUUGAAGAACAAUAUUCACUGGGAAUUUCUCUGGCGCUGUGAGAAUCUCCUUCUCUCUCUAGUGGCCGAUUCAAGAUUCCUACGUUAUCUACCAUCUGUCCUGGCUACUGCAACCAUGCUUCACGUUAUUCAUCAAGUCGAGUCUUGCAAUGCCAUUCACCAUGAAAACCAGCUUCUUGAGGUUCUCAAAAUCAACAAGGAGAAAGUGAAUGAUUGCUAUGAGAUGAUUUCGUAUAUAUCAAAGAGUUGUUUACAUGGCCAAAACAAUUCCCAGAAGCGUAAAAUUUGUCAAGUUCCAAGCAGCCCAAGUGGAGUGAUGGAUGAAUUUUUCAACUCAGAUCGCUCGAACGAUUCAUGGGGAACUGUAGGAUCAUGCAUUUCUUCAACACAUCAUCCUGUCAUGAAGAAAAUUAGGGUUCAUGAACAGCAGAUGAAAUUACCAUCUUCAAGCAGGAUUUUUGCGGAUGCGAUAGAAAGCCCUCGUUAG